CGCCUGUUGAGCACGUUUUCUCUUCGCGGUAGUCCUGACUGACCUUUUGGCCUGGUUAUCCCGCCGGUCGUUGAAGUUGAAGUUCUAGAUGUUUGAAUUUUUGUGCGACGGUUGAAGGUUAUUCUAAGGGGGGACAGUUCUACGGACCAGUGACCUUCUUUGGGGACAUUUUGUUAGUGUCCUAGAUUUAGUGGGAAGUUCAAGGAUUUGUGCGCGAAAAUUCCGCAUUUUGGUCACACUUGUUGAGUUUAGUGCUGUGCUUCUCCAGGAAAAAAGGACUCUCCAGAACCAAGAACCAAGGUUCAACAAGUGCAAGUGCUUUUGGUGCAGUUCGUCGCUCAAGUACAUCAACCCACCUGUUGUGUGUCCAAUCUCGACGAAGAAGAAACAAUCCUUGGCCGAACCAAGGACACGAAAUCUAAUUCAAUCCGCGCGUCGGGCAAAAGAAAACAAAAUCGAGUGAGACAGGUAAAAGAUAAUUCUUUGCCCCAAACCCACCAGUGUGAACAGUGAAGUGUUUUCCGUUUUUUUUUCCCGGGACCGGCGACAAUUGCCUCCAAGACUUGGAAGGUGGCGGUGGUGAAGCUUUUGCCAUUAAUAAAUUAGAUGGCUAAUUAGAUAACUUCUUCUGCAGAAAUAUAAUAAUAUAAAGAAAAUUUUACCACAAGGAUAAUUCAGGGUAAAAACUACGCAGAAGGGUCAUCCUGGGACGAUCCGGCUUCGUGGGAGACGCAGAAGAAGAAGAAGGAUAUGGAACACGUCGCCAACGAGGGCAGCAGAUUGAGGUCAACUUGGGCGUAAAUUAAGACAAGAGAGAGGAAUUCCAGGGGAGCUUUCAAGUGAACAGCUGAGGACCACACCACAAACUGCUACGGUGCAAAAGAAAAGAAGCAGUCCUGAGUCAGAAAUUGUGGCAACCUUUCUGUCCCACCACCACCAACACCACCUCUGGAAGAAGAUGAGGUCGGACCUGACGGACGACAGAAAUAUCCUGCAAAUUGCUGCCGCGGAAAUUGCAGAGUCCUCCGACACCAGCGGAUUCUUCGAAAUCACCAGCAAUGGCUCCAACGGUCACAAUGGACACCGGUCGGAUGAUUUGCUGCAGCUAGAUAAUACCGACUAUUUGAACAACCCCCGGACGACCUCCAGACCGAAGCGAUCGUCUAGACGGCUUCAGACGGAGUCCGCGCUAGAUCCGGACAUGACGGAUUCGAGCUCACAGAGUGACGACACCAGCUGUGGCAGCAGUCGCAACGGGAGCAGCCGCGUUGGCAGCAGCAACGGCCGGAGUGCGUCCUCACACCAUCACCACCAGAGCGCGUCGGCCGCGGCCCGGCGCCGGAAAGGGGUCCUGAACGCGAAGGAGCGCAACAUGCGGCGGCUCGAGUCCAACGAGCGGGAACGCAUGCGGAUGCACAGCCUCAACGAUGCGUUUCAGUCCCUCCGAGAAGUCAUCCCGCACGUCAAGAAGGAGCGCCGACUGUCCAAGAUAGAAACGCUCACGUUGGCCAAGAACUACAUCACGGCCCUGACCGAUGUCAUCAUCGUGAUGCGGGGCGAGGGGGAACCGACGGCCACGACGCAAAUGCAGACCAAUUGCAUCCUGAAGGCGGCGGAAGCUGAUCCCCGACAUCAACAACAACAACAACAACAGCAGCAUAAUCAUCACCCACAGCAUCCCGAUCAGAUUUCGUCCAAUAUCUCCGCCGUGGCACUGGAUGGAUUGAACAGUGCCACCAUCAGCCAACUCAUACCGAACAUUCCGAACCUUCAUCAUCCGGGGCUUACCAACGGAAGCAGUGGCCUCCCCCACCCUAACCACCAGCAGCAUCACCACAACAACAACAACCUCACGAUUGCCAACUUUAACUCCAGCGUCAGCAGCAGCAGCAACACCAACAAUAAUAAUUCCAGUGCAGCCAACAUCACCAACAGCAACACCAACAACAACAACAAUGGUAGCGCAAGUAGUAUAGACAUUGAAAACAGCUUCUACGAGGAUCCAUUUCAAAUGAUGUAAUCCCCCACUUACCGCCCUCAACAACUAUCGAUGCAUUAACGGUGAUGCGAUCGUUUUUUUUUUAUUUUUCUGUGCAUUUUUCCUUUUUUUUUAUUUUUGCACCGGUGCUGUUAUUCUAGGGAAAAGCUUCCCGUAUCAGAGAACACGGAGAAGCAGGGUUACCAAUCGGUUUAGUUCUUAUUCAAGGAUUUAUUCAUUUGAUUUAUUUAACUGUUAUGUUGUUUAUUUCAAACAAAAUUAAAUAAAUUCUGUCUCUUGUAUCGUUGUACGAAAAAUAGAUUUUUCGGAGCAAUUUGAAGGGGGGAGAGGCGACACAAACUGUGAACAAUAUUUGCAACGGUUUAAUUAAAAAUCAGCAUUUUUUUCCAUGCACCAUUUUUUUCUAAA